GUGGAGAAAACUCAUGUGAGCUACUGCUGCUGCGCUGUCUGAUAUUUAUACGAUUUAUUUGCAGGCGCAUACUAGUUUGUCCCAUGAUGUUUACUACAGUGAGGUUUUUGGUGCAUCACAGUGAAGUCGUCACCGGCAGUCCAUUGCUGCAUUUCAAGAGUGUAACCAAUCCGCUCAGUCCCCGUCGUGGAGAAGGCGCGUACAGUUUUCUAGACCGCCCCGCACAGCUCUCCUCUUUCCUCCCCCUGUGUGCCUUCAUGGUCCUGCAUAUGUCAUUUUGCCUCCGCUUGGGUAAGUUACACAACCAGCCCGUCAUGCAAAAUAGAAACACGUGUCUGUAGGCGGCGCUGACAAAAAAAAAAAAAAAAAAAACAUGCGGGUUUACCAAACAACAAAGACCGGCUAACACCGCAGAGGAGGGAAAACAGUUGUGUCGCAGGUUAUUUUCGCGAUUUAUAGCGUCAAACUGGGAUCAUGCGGUGCACAUGGAGAUAAGAGGUUCGGACUCAACAUGUGUUUCCCUUUUAGAGAGGAGAAUGAUACGAACAUGAUCAGCGCCGAUGGCUUCUCAAAAUGCGAGGCGACUCUGCAACAGAGAGGCCGGCGAAGGAGGCCACCCGCAGAGAUGCUCCAUCUGCUGUCAGCUGUCAUUGUUUGGCUGGUGACGGGAACCACCAUCUCCAGCCUCAACAAAUGGAUAUUUGCCGUUUACAACUUCAGGUACCCUCUGCUGCUGUCAGCGCUGCACAUGCUGACAGCCAUAGUGGUGGACUAUGGGCUCAUCAAACUGCGGGUGAUCCGCCACAAAGCGGACGGAGAGCAGGACCUGACCCCCAGCGCUAAAUGUAAAGUGUUCCUGUUGAGCCUGACGUUUUGUGCCAGUAUCGCUUUUGGGAACAUGGGUCUGAACUAUGUCCAGCUGUCUUUUGCACAAAUGAUCUAUACCACCACGCCGCUCUUUACUUUGGCCAUAUCUACGCUGAUUUUGGGCAAACAACACCACAUCCUCAAAUACACAGCCAUGAUGCCCAUCUGCCUGGGAGCGUCCUUCAGCAUCAUGGGAGAGGUCCAGUUUGACCAGACUGGCUGCUUCUUUGUGUUUGCAGCGACCAUGUUGAGGGGUGUCAAGUCCAUUCAGCAGAGCAUCUUACUUCAGGAGGAGAAGAUCAACUCUGUCUUCCUGCUCUACCUGAUGUCCAUUCCUAGCUUCUGCAUCUUGGCCGUGGCGGCUCUGGCCUUAGAAAACUGGGCCAUGCUGGAGUCGCCGCUGCACUACGACCGCCACCUGUGGGUCUUUAUCUUGCUCAGCUGCCUGGGCUCAGUCAUGUACAACCUGGCCAGCUGCUGCGUCAUCACGCUCACCUCUGCCGUCACCUUGCAUAUCCUUGGCAACCUCAGCGUGGUGGGAAACCUGCUGUUGUCUCAGCUGCUUUUCGGCAGUGAGCUGUCCGCCCUGAGCUGCGCCGGCGCCGUGCUGACGUUGUCUGGCAUGCUUAUCUAUCAGAACUCAGAGUUUAUCGUCAGCUUCCUGGACGCACGCAAGGCUAAAGCCGAAAAGUCGGGACAGGUGGAUUUUCACACAGCAUGUGGAGAGGACUUGGACAAAGCUAGCGUGUCUGAACAAACAUAUCAUCAGCAGAGAACAGACGGGAAACAGGAAGACAAGAUAGACUGAACUGAAGGGAUGAAGGAGAGAAUAAACUGAAGGAUGAAGUAUUGAAAACCGUGGCAGUAGUUCCCUACCCUUUGUGUCUGUAAGUGGUAAAGAGCAGCGGAGGGAGUGUGACCUUAUAAGGCCGCCAUCACUGAUGAUGAGACCUUUUUUUAAAUGUUUUUUUUUUUUUUUUUACUUCCUCACUGUGCCAGUUUAUUUCUCCUCUGGUCACACAGAAGUCUGCAGAGAGAAAAAGGUUGCCUUGUCACGAUGAUGGUUAAAUUCUCUCCUUCAUCUGUAAAUCACUCAUACAUAGCCUAUAGUGGUAUAUGCAUGCCUGAGCACACUAAACUGUUUGAUACCUCAUGAGGUAUUCACACUGUCACUCAUACUUCUCCACUGUGAAAAUGUUCUCAUCGACAGAGGGCUCUAACUGAUGUUUUUAGGUGGCUGUUGUGGAUAUUGCAGGCUGCAGGGAGCCUCAUGGCUUAGAGUGCGCUCCGCCUCAAAUCUAAACGGGCACAAUUUGUAUAAAAAAUAUAUAUUAAUGGUACUGUUACCUGACAUUCACCUGGCCCUGUCAUGGUAAGGGACUGGGUUUUUGGCAGCUUUUUUUUUUUGUUGGUUUGUGAAGCAAGAAGCUUUUAAAAGAGGAAGUUAAACUUAUUUAGAGUCUGAAGUUUCAAAGGUGGACAAAGCCAACGUUUUUGUGCAAUGAGACUCCUCUUCUCCUCUGCUGAAGCACAUUUUUUAAAAGAGACCUAAGCUCUAUGUUUCGUCCUCCCCUACGAGUACCCAGUGCGGCUUCCCAUUUAAGGCCUAGAUUUUGUUCUCGGCGGUCUCUGUAGAAUUAGUUCCAAUUAUUUUACAGCAGGGCGCUCACUGCAGCUUUCCUCAAUAAUUAGGUUCAGGAGUUCUCUAAGGAGUGUCACUCAACUUUAGCUGCCUUUUCCCUGCAGAAGAGACAAGGGAAAAGAAGUCUGAGAUGUCCUUUAAGGUCGCUUCUAAAAUCCUAAUCAAUGUCAUCUGUUCGGCUUAAUUUUUAUUUGGGUGACACUUUUAAAAAAAGAAAAACUGACCUCUGCUUGACAGUGUUAUGUAAUUUUUUUUUUUUUGUGACAAAACAUAUUUUAUUCCCCUUUUUAAUAUUUAUUUGGAGGAAAAUAUUUAUUUUGAACGGCCAUAGCUGUCACUGGUUUUGUAAUGCUGUAGAUUUUGGUCCUCAAGUGUCUUGCAGAUGCAUACAUGUAAUAUAAUGCUAGAUGGCACUAGUCUCUCCUGUCCUCUCUCUUUAGAGAAAAGUCAGACGCACGAGGCAGAAGACUGCAUGCCGCUGCUCCUCAAAGCAUCCUCAACGAUCUAGGAUGUCGGUAUUGUGCACUCCCUCCUCCGUGUAUGCCAAAUGUUUGCUUUAAAAGUAAUGUGUAGCACAUUUGUUAUGACACCCGCCAUAUUUUCUGCAUAUUUUGCCAUAAGAAUAACUGCAGGCAGGACUGUAUGUUGUCUGAUUUUAUUUGACGUAUCACUGAUCUAGUAUUUCAAGGGUGCCAUUUAUAAAACCACAUUGUCCAGAGCAUCAUAUCAUAUGACACUAGGAAGCACUUAAAAUAAAUCCCAGUUAGGUAAAAAUAGUGGAGGGAAGAUAUGAAACAAUUAUAUUUUGCAGUAUGAGAAAUAACUUUGUUUGUUUACAGGGCUCCCAUGGUCGUAGAAAACCUGGAGAAGUCAUGCAAUUACACAAUCUCAUUUUCCAGGCCUGGAGAAGUCAUGGAAUUGGUAAAAAAAAAAAAAAUCAUUGAGAGUUUUGAAAAAGUUAUAAAAAUGUGUUAUUUGUAAUUAAAUUAAUUGUUAAAAUAUUUUUGCAGGUGUAACUUUCCACCUAAUUUAACAUAAUGGCACAUUUAUUGGCUGUAAAAUAGCUGUUGACAUAACGUAGCUCUAAUAUGCUUCGACUUAGGGCUGCAAGAUUUAUUGUUUAAGCAUCAACAUUAUGUUGUGCAAUAGUCACAUCAAAGGACAUGCAAUGUCAAGUUCGGUAUAUUAAGUCAAACAUCUUAAUUGCAGCUUGAUACAAAUGAAAAACUGGAAUGAUUCUCUUUCCAUGACUAAUAACGGUCAAGCCUUCCUCUUUAAGACAGGAUAUAUGUGACCUAGUGUGAGACAUUUGUUAGGGAAAGCGAGACUCUCCUGUAUGUGCGUAAAAAAGUACACCGUGAAGUGCACAUUUUCUCCAAAAUGGAAAUGUAGGUCCUUGAAAAGUUUUGAGACGUCCAUGAAAACGUGUGGGAAUCCUGGGUUUAGUAUUUCAAAGCAGUUGUUAGCAAUGAUCACGUCCAGCUUUAACUGUGUUGUAGAGCAGUUCAUUUCACUGGUUUUACAAUAUUGAAUACCUCAGCUGUUAAAUAGGACUUGUUAUACCCUUGCGUCCAUUGAUUAUUAACUAUCGGACUGAGAUCAAGCAGCUUUUCAACAACUUCAAUAAAACUGCAGCAUGUGAAUGAUGGGUUUUACUGUGUUCAGUAGAUUACAUAGAUGUCAACUUAUUUUAGAAACACUCGUGUUGUCCAAUAAUGAGAACUGCCUCAGUGGCCAAUUAGUUUUAUAAUCUUGAUCACAAACUUGUUUGGCUGCGUUUUCUCGCGGAUAUCAUGUCGAGUAGAUUUUGAGUGUUGGGCAAAGAAACUGUUGCACUGACGAGGUACGAAGACGCUGCCUUCAAAGCCUAUGGUUCCUGUGUACAUACUGGUUUUGAUUGUUUGCAAAGCUACUUUGGUGUAAAUAGUUAUUUUAUGAUAUAAUGUAUUUUAAAGUCAUUUAUGGCUAGUUUUAACUAUACUGGUUUAAGAAUGAAACAUUUGCCUCAUGCCUUAUUUGGACAUACUGUAGAGGAGAAAGGAGCGAUUUGAUUUACCAUUUUGUCAAAACUUUUUGAACACAUUUUGAAUGCCAACAGCAGCUGCAGGUGCUUCUGUUUAGGGGCAAAGAUUUGGGCAAUUCAUAAACACAUGAUGUGCAAUUGCUUGAAUAAAAAUAAAUGGACUCGUACAAUAAACAAACCACCUCAUAACUGAA